ACAGGACUAUACUGUACUUCAGUACUUCUGGUGUGGGUCAGCACAGUUGCUCCGUGGGUCGCCCGAGAGGAACGCUGUAGGGAACUUUAGCCGGUGUGGGACGAUAUUCAGACACCUUAAUUUAGCGAGCUACAGUUAACUACAGUUAAUUCGUGAUACUUGCGGGCUUUUGAAGACCCAUUGUUGACGACGUCGCCUCUAUCGCACACACACAUAUACAUAUAUAUAGAUGUCCUUGGCGAGUAUUUCUGUAUGCUGUCUUUCCUGUUCCCUCGCGUCUCACUUUGUCAACCUUAGUCUGUUGAAGGGGCCUCACAUGUGUGUGUGUUUCAGUCAGUGAUGGGUUAAAUGCAGAGAAGUCAUUUCCCAGCUUGGGAUUGAUAAAGUAAAUUGUAUCUUGUUAAGGUUACUACAAACACACACAUACCCUCAAUGCAUAGGACCCAAAGGAUUCAACAUCCCGAUGCUGGUGACCACACAAUACCCCCAGAUGUCCUGCGUCCCUUCCCCUGACAGGUUGUGGCUUCCAGGUGGGUGUUUCUGGUCUGCAGUGUUUAGAGACCAGCAAUAAUGCCACAACCCAGAAUGAUGCUGGUGGUUACAGGAGAUGAUUUCGGCUAUUGUCCGAGGAGAAACCAGGGGAUUGUGGAGUGCUUCCAGGCUGGAGGGAUUUCCAAUGUGUCACUGCUGGUUAAUGCAUCUGCUGCAAAAGAGGCAGUGGAUCUGGCUAAAAGGCACAACAUCCCCAUCGGUCUCCAUGCCAACCUGUCAGAGGGCAUUCCAGUAUGUCAGAGUCUCCAGAAGGCCUCCACAUUGAUAAACCAGCAUGGCUUCUUCCAUGGGAAAAUGGGCUUUCGUCAGGCCCUGGAGGGAGAUCAGCUCAGCAUGGAACAGGUGGAGUUGGAGUUGAGAGCCCAGGUCCAGCUGUUCAAGGAAUUGACAGGUCACCUGCCUCAGCACAUGGAUGGACACCAACAUGUCCAUGUACUACCAGAGGUGCGUGAGGUGUUUGCACAGGUCCUGUCAGACCUCAGGAUUCCAUACACUCGUGUUCCAGUGGAGACAGGUUUACACAGCUGCCCGUGGCUGCCAGCUCACCUCCACAGGUUUUAUGCACAAGUGGAGAAGGAUGCUCUGGACUCCAUCCCUGUCUUCACACGCUACAGAAUCAGGUGGCCAGACAUGUACCUGGGACUGACCACCAUGGGUCAGAAUAUGUCCAUACCCAACCUGCAGAGAGCCCUUAGCCAUGCCUUGGCUGCAGGGCUGUCAAACAUUGGCUCCAGUGGCGGAGAAGGCUCUAAUCAGCCUGUGGUUACAGCGGAGCUCAUGGUUCACCCAGGUUACCCCAGUCAUCCCCAGGAAGGAGGCUGUGGAGAGGGCCCUGAUGACUUCUCCCAGUCAGCUGACAGACAGCAUGAGUUGAGCAUGCUCAAAGACCCGUCCCUGCUGGCCCUCUACAGCCAGAAGAGAGUGCAACUCUGUGCCUUCAAAGACCUCUAAGUACUGUAUAGUAUAAAAUGACAAUUGGUUUAUACUGUAUAUGUAUACUGUAGAACUAUGUGCGUGCGUACGUGCGUGUGUGUGUAUGUAUAAACAACACAACAGUGUAAUGUUGUUUUCUAAUGAACACUACUUCCCAUAAGCAGGACAGUUUAAACGCACUCAGCAGAUUUAAGCUGGUGCUUUGAGUGGAGUUGUCUCUCCAUUUGGCACAUUUUGUCCUUUUCACUGUGCUGCAGCAAAGCGGGGCCUGUCCUAUAAAUGAAAAAGUCUGUCCAUAACUUAGUGAGUAAGUGAGUGAAGUAACAUCUUUGGUUUGUAAGAUGUUGGUUCCCUGUUGGCCAUUAUUCUUUUAAAAUGAGUAGGCGUGGAAAGUCCUGAAUUAUAUGCUCUGGAGGCUUUUACAGCAAGUUGACAUUUCCUUUACUGAAAGAAACAAAAAAUCACAGGGGUUUUCUUUCCAGGUUUUGUAAGCCUUAAAGGGGAUAAAUGACUGUGUGUCUCUGCACUUAAAAGGGGUUAUCUGACAAACAAGAAAACAAUAAAGCUUUGUUUCUGUUUUUCUGCA